AUGAUAGAAAAGAAGAGAGUAGAUGUCCAGUAUUCCAACCCGGAAGAUGCCUCGCGUAUUUACGAGAGGCUGGGAGUGGACAUCUUGACCACACCCAUCACUUCCGGGGGAAUUGAGGAGGUUCAGCCACCAAGAAAACGCUAUAUUCAACCUGCUAAUCAAGCAGUAUUUCAAAACGCAGGGCCCACUCGUACUGCUGGGAGAGUGGUGCCAAAUGGGGUGGCAAAACCUUUCUUGAGCAAUGAACAAAUACAGCAAUUCAUAACCUCAACAGUUCUUCCUAAUGGUCGCUCAGCCCCCAGCACUGAAGCAGUUGACCCUAAUGUCACUAAUUUCUCUUACACUGUGUAUCCUUCUCAACCAAAGACAAAGAUACAACAGCAGACUGACUGCACAAAUGUGCAUCCACAACUGACCUUGAAUGUGCUGAGAUCAGGACAGACCCUACCAUGGACAUCCAUCCAGCAGCAGUCUCAGGAGACUGUACUGCAAACAGGAUACAAUGCUCAGUCUACUGUACAACAGCAGGUCUUAAACAGCCAGGGAAACAUUCAUCCCUCAGCUCAGAAUGGUUUUGCUGUCCAUGUUCUAAAUCCAACUUUGACACAGGCAGAGCCACAACAGCCAAUCUCUGCAAAUGAACUUGUUUUACCCAUAAAUUUGGAGAUUCAAGGCUGUACUCCAACCAUUGUACCAGAUGAAUGGGUUAAGAGAACAGAACUGCAAGCUCCUACCAAUAUCCUCAGUAUUCCUUCAGUUGCUGGAGUGAAUGAUCAGAUCAUUUAUCUACCAACUCAAACGAUCCAUGGAGUCAGUAGCAACUGUUACAAUGAGGGUGCAUACUCACCUUUGGUGACACCCACACCUAAUAUGGCAACAACUGGACUAUCAGCUGACUAUCCCCAGAGGUGUUCUGCUAAUCAGCUUGAAUCAUGGAGUCUUAACCCAAAGAGUGUACCUACAUUCGUGGCACCAAUGGAGGCACAAACAAAAACUAAAACAAGAAAGACUAAGAAAAGGACUCCUAAAAAUGUUUCCCAGGGACAAUAUGCAAGUCUGGACAAACAAUUAACUUCCAACAGCUCAAAAGCCAAAGUGAGUAGAAAUUUGGAUAAAAUGGAAGCAAGAUCCAUGCAGCAGACCCCUGGGAAACAAAUGGAAGCAACAGUGCAGCAGACUCAGAGUCAGAAUUCUGCCCCAUCCUCUGUAACUCAGAAAAGUGGCAAGAAGGGGGUCAAACGCAUUGUUAUUCCACCCAAAGUUCAAACAGACUCAGUGGAAUAUCCUCCAUAUGUUGCCAGAAUUAUGAGGAUCCUGAACAGACAAAAACAGGGUCAGGUGGAAUCUACUGAUGAUAAAAAGGAAAGUGUUGAUUCCACAUCCAAGCAAAUGAGCACUGCUGGUAGAAAUGCUAAGGACAGAGCUGAUUCUACUCUUAAAGAGGCUACUACUGCUGACAAAAAAGCAAAGGACACUGUGAACUCAGAUCUUAAACAAAAGGAACCACAAAGUGUUGUAUCAAGAUCUCCUGUGCCAUCAAAGCAGUCUGCCCAGGAACAAAAGCAUAAGUCCUUGUCUAAUAGUGCUGUCCAGAAGGUCAAUGAAAGAUGUAGCCAGUUGAACUCUGGGUCCAAAAAAGAGCCAAUGUCUAUCAGAAAGACACUCCCAGAGGACUACAGACCAGUGGUUAACACAUCCCUGUUACUAGAAAACUUGUCACCUGACAGUUUUUCACUGUUGGAAGCAGACAAUUUCUAUGGACCAGAGAUUCUUGUCACUUCUGGCUCUCACUGCUUUGUGGCGUCUGUGCCUUUCUUCUAAUUGGAUGACAGAGAUUUCUGAAUAUUGUCGGAUAUUGUUAACAUUCAGUGAUGGAACGUUAUCUACAACCACAGUCUUUCAUUUAACAUUUCUGUGAGAUUUCUUUGGAAACGGUCUUUUGACUAUUUUUAUUUUUUUAGCAGUGGCCAAAGGAAUUUCCAAGAUAAGGGAUCCAAACUUUUAUCUAAGAACAUAUGAACCAUUAUUUUAGUAUUAUUAUUUUCAUAAUUAUGUGCCAAAUGAUUGGUUUACUCC